ACGUCCAUCCGUCAUGCUUUACAUGGUGUCAUUGGCAGCAUCAGGCAUCUGGAUGAAGCAGCAGUAGCGGAAUCAUCACCGACAAAAACGACAUCAAUUCUUGCAGACAGUUUUUGGUCAACAUCUGAGCUCACGGAGUUGCAAGAAAGACAGGAAAGUAAUUCGACAAUUGCCAGUCGCGAAGUUGAAGGGUCGGGAGAGGAAAACGAUUUUGACAGUACCACAAAUGCUACCGUUAUCACUGCUGUCAGUAGUACCAACAGAGCCUCAAGACAAACUCGAGAAACAGCGACAACGCCACCAAUAACUACUACUGGUCCAAAUCCAACCAGAGGUCGACGGACAAUUGCUGAAAGUGAUUAUAAUAAAAUCGUCGAUCUCGACGUGUCAACACCGCAGCUAAAAAUUCUGGAAGAAGGCUUCGACUUGCUAGCCAAAAAAUGGCAGUGUUUCAUCAUUAUUAGGCCAUCGUGA